UUCAACACGUGGACACCUGUCUCUCCUGUGGUUUAUCUGUCCCAAGGUUUGUGUGUCCAUCUAACAAACGCUGUGUCUCUCUGUCGAGCAGUCAUGUCUGUCUUGACCUCUGUUGCCGGUCGUGCCCUGUUCUCCUCACGGUACGGACACAAACGUACCAUAGCAACUCUCAUCUCUGGAAAAGAAGUGUCUAGGUUGCUGACAGAGAAAAUGAGGAGGGAAGUUGCAGAGAUGAUGAGUCAGGUUCCAGGCUUCCGUCCGGGCCUGCUGGUUCUCCAGGUGGGAGACCGGGACGACUCCAACUUGUACAUCAGCAGCAAACUGAAGGCUGCUGCCCAGGUCGGGAUUGAAGCCAAACAUGUGCGCCUGCCGCGCCACACCACCCAAGAGCAGGUGCUGCAAACCAUCAGGUCCAUCAACGCCAAGGAGGAGGUUCACGGCCUCAUCGUGCAGCUUCCACUUGACUGCGAGCUCAAGAUCGACAGUGACAUCGUGACAAAUACUGUUGAUCCGGAAAAAGAUGUGGACGGGUUGAGUUGCAUCAACGCAGGUAAAUUAGCUCGUGGAGAUCUGAGCAGCUGCUUCCUCCCCUGCACCCCCAAUGGCUGCAUGGAGCUGAUCAGACACGCAGGGGUCACUGUGGCGGGCAAACACGCCGUGGUGAUUGGACGCAGUCGGAUUGUGGGCGGGCCCAUGCAUGAUCUUCUUCUGUGGAAUCACGCCACUGUGACCACCUGUCACUCAAAGACCGUGGACCUUCCCAAACAGGUGGGUCGGGCUGACAUCCUAGUGGUGGGCGCUGGCAUGGCUGAGAUGGUCAGAGGAGAGUGGCUUAAGGAAGGCAGUGUGGUCAUUGACUGUGGCAUCAACUACAUCAGAGACGCCAGCCGCGCCAGUGGCCACCGGGUCGUGGGGGAUGUUCAUUUCCCGUCGGCCCGUCAGAAAGCAGCUUACAUCACACCUGUUCCUGGAGGCGUGGGGCCGAUGACCGUGGCGAUGCUGAUGCAGAACACGGUCCAGAGCGCUAAACGCUUCCUGCUGAAGAGCAAGACGCUGGCUUGAGAGUCGGGCACACUCCGACCCACACGUCAGGCUCUGGUGCUCCAGGUCUCACCUGGGCUGUGGAAUCAUGGAGAAACAAGCCAUCGGGAUGCAAAACAAUCUGCCGAGCAAAAAUAACGAUUAAGACAAAAAAUAUUUAAUCACAGACGUAAAGAAAGAUUUGGACCACACAAUCAGGAGCGAAACAUGUGACUAUGGUUUCCCUUCUCCAAUAAAGCAAGCUGUCACA